GCUAGUUGUAAUUUUGACGUUUUGAGGUUAAUUUUAUUUGAAAAACAUUUCGUAUGGAUUAACAUUACCAAUUUAGCAAUUAAAACAAAUAUUCACUCAGAAAUGGUGUUUUAUUUUAAAAGCGAGGUUGUUACACCUCCUGUUACUCUUUUUAUGGGAUUAGACAAGUACGAAAACGAAGAUCUGAUAAAAUGGGGUUGGCCCGAAGACGUAUGGUUUCACGUGGACAAACUAUCUUCAGCUCACGUUUAUUUAAGACUUAACACAGGCCAAACUAUUGAGGAUAUUCCAAGUUCCGUACUCGAAGAUGCCGCACAAUUGGUUAAAGCAAAUAGUAUUAUGGGUAAUAAAAUGAAUGAUAUUGAGGUAGUUUAUACAAUGUGGUCAAAUUUAAAGAAAACUCAAGGCAUGGAAGUUGGCCAGGUAGGAUUCCACCAAGAUAAAGAAGUUAAAAAGAUUAAAGUUGCGAAAAGAAUUAAUGAAAUAAUGAAUAGAUUGAAUAAAACGAAGAAAGAAGAACAUCCAGAUUUUAGAAGUGAAAGAGAAAAACGCGAUAGAUUAGAACGUGAGGAUAAAAAGAAACUUUUAAGGCAACAAAAAGAAAAGGAGAAGGAUGAAAUGAAACAAAAACAAGAAGAAGCGGAAUUAAGAAGUUACACUUCGCUGAUGAAACCUGAAAAUAUGGAUAAAUAUGACCAAAACAAUGAUUCUGAUGAAUUUAUGUGAUGUUUAAAUGAUAAGUUGAAGUUUAAAGCAGAUUAUAUUAAUGUUCAGGUCAUAAACAAUGCAUUUUGUGUGUAUCAAAAAUGUAAUAAAACAAUCAUUUAAAAAUAAAACGUUUUAAUUUA